AUUGCCCUCAACCCUCCUCUCACCCUUCCUCCUAUCUUCGGCCAUACACCUCCUCAUUGUUGUCUCGCCCACUUCCCAGCCAUUGACUGAUUAGCCGCGUAGCCGCCCGCCUGCCCCGACGCCGCCGCCGCCCAUCAUGCCUGCGCGCGAUCCGGCAGCGACAACCCAUCUGCCCACAGUGCUCUCGAGCACGCCAUCUCAGCAUGCUUCAGUCCUCCCAACACAUCAUCCGGUCACGGGCAGAGUGGGAUCUUCCGCCUUUGCACGCACUUCUGACCACGCCUCGGGCUCGAUGGCGUCCUCGCCCGUCACCUCUCUGGGUGGAGCCGCAGCCCGCGCCCGCCGCACGAGCACGACAGAAGUCGGCAUCGUGGGCCGUAUCUUUCGCCGCAUAUCCGUAGAUGCGGGUGGGGUUCACCCCGACCUCGAGACGGCGUCGCAGGAGGACAGCGAGAGCGGAUUCGAACGUGUGUCUGGGGAUGAUGAUGACGUCUCCCUUGGCUCGAGCCACACGCAGAGAGCCAUUCGCGAGUCGACCAACCGUCUGGCCUCAAUGUCGUUCUCCGCGGCAGCUGGCGUCUCGCUGGCCGCUCUGCCCUCGACUGCCCCGAGCGCGGCCGGCGCGUCGGGCAUUCACAUCGACCACCGCCCCGCCCACCCGAGUCCACUCACCACAAAGCCCAGCCCCGUCUCGCCCCAGUCCGGGCCCUCGGGGCUCUCAAUGCUCAUGGAACGCGGCAGGCGCGCCGCCGCGUCCAGCGACGACGGUUCGGGCGAUACUACCCCGCAAGCCGAGCCCGCGUCCCUCAACGACGACAGCGUGUCCGGCUCGCGCAUCUCGAGUCUCGACGGCCGUGCAGCCAUCUUAGCUGAGGUCGAAGAGGUCGAAGAGGAAGACAUGGGCGGGUCGUCGGAGCUCCGCCAGUACCUCGCUCGCGAGGCCGCUUCGUACGUGCCGCACGAGACGACUCCGCUCCUCGGAUCGGCGGCACCCCCCAAGAAGCCCUCGUCGUGGAAGGACCGCACGGCUGUCGACAUUGCCGCGGCCAAGAACUCGCUUAGCAAGCUCACUCCAGCCGACGUCUUCAAGGCAUGUGUCGUCGAGCCCGUCGAGGCGCUACCCGCGGUGAUUCUAGGCGUCCUGCUCAAUGUCCUCGACGGUGUCAGCUACGGCAUGAUUCUAUUCCCGACGUCCGUCUACUUUCCCGACUUCGGCUCGCUCGGUGUUUCAAUGUUCUUCAUGUCGUGCAUCGUCUCCCAGCUCACCUUUUCGCUUGGCGGCUCGAUCUUCAAGGGCGCAAAUGGCAGUAUGAUGAUUGAAGCGGUCCCAUUCUUCCAUAUCAUUGUCAACCAGAUUGUCGCAGGCGUCGGGGACAAGGCUCAUGUGAUCGUCGCGACUACGAUGGUCGCGUUUGCCUUCAGCUCCAUCGUCACCGGCUUGGUAUUCUUUGCUCUCGGCGCUUUCAAGCUUGGUGCCCUUAUCGGCUACUUCCCUCGCCACAUCCUCGUUGGAUGCAUUGGCGGUGUCGGCAUCUUCCUCAUCCAGACUGGCCUCCAAGUAUCGCUCGGUCUUCCCGAAGACACGUUUGAGAACCCCGGACUCGACGUGUUCAAGCCCUUCUUUGCCUCGUGGCAUGCGUUCUCGCUCUGGACCAUUCCUCUAGGCCUGGCCAUUCUGCUACGCGUCAUCACACACUUCUUCCACCACCAGCUGAUCUUCCCCGUCUACUUCUUCAUCAUCCCCGUCAUCUUCUACAUUGUCGUGGCCAUUGGAGGAUGGAGCUUUGACACUCUCCGUGCCAGUGGUUGGGUCUUUGACGUGGGAAGCAACACCCAGGCGUGGUGGAAGUUUUACACCGAGUUUGACUUCAAAGCCGUCGACUGGGAAGUCUUCUGGAGCCUCCUGCCAACGCAGCUCGCACUGGUAUUCUUUGGCAUUCUCCAUGUCCCGCUCAACGUUCCCGCCCUCGGUGUCUCGCUCUGUGAGGACAAUGUCAAGCUUGACCGUGAGCUCGUGGCCCACGGCGUCUCCAACUUUGCCGCGGGUCUUGUUGGAACCGUUCCCAACUACCUGACCUAUGUCAACAGUGUGCUAUUCUACCGGGUCGGUGGCGGUUCCAGACUCUCUGGCCUCAUGCUGGCAGCCGCAACCGCGGGCAUCAUGUUUGUUGGUCCAUCGGUUAUCGGUUAUCUUCCGGUCAUGGUCGUCGGUGCUCUUAUCUACGUCCUCGGUAUCGAUCUCGUCAUCGAGGCCGUCUGGGACACCAGGAACCGUGUCAACAGAAUGGAGUACAUUACCAUCUGGGUGAUCGCCAUCGGCAUGACCGUCUUUGACUUUGUCAUUGGUCUCCUCAUUGGCAUCAUCCUGGCAUGCGUCUUCUUCGUCGUUCAGAGCUCGCGUCGCCGUCCUAUCCGUGCUGUCUUCAACGGCUCGACGGCAAAGUCCACUGUCCGUCGCCCCCGCCCCCAGAGAGCCUUCAUCCAGUCGGUCGGCUCGCAGACCUACGUCAUGAAGCUCCAGGGGUUCCUCUUCUUUGGCACCAUCAAUGUCGUCGAGGACGAGAUCAGAAACCUCCUGGAUCACCUCGUUUGGGAGAACAACCCGAUCCGCUUCCUCAUCAUCGACUUUGCCCUGGUUGGCGGCCUCGACUUUUCGUCGGCCGAGGCCUUUGUUCGAACCCAGAGACUGCUUGCGGCCAAGGAUGUCCUCCUCAUUCUCUGUGGCGCCGAGCCUCACAGCCCUGUCGGCACCGCUCUGCGUGCAGUCGAUCUCUGGGCCGACCAGGAGGGCACCAGGGUGGAGGUGUUUACUACCCUCAACGACGCCCUCGAGUGGACAGAAAACGCCUACCUUACCGCGUUCUACGACAGCCAGACCCGCUGGAAGGCCAGCGAGGCAGAGCAGCCCCGUACGAUCGACCUGCCAAAGAUCAACCGCAUGCCCUUCUCGCUUGCCGAGUCGUUCCAGAACAGCCCUCGUCGCAGCCACCUGGCACGCGCUGGCGACGACACCCUCCCUGGCCCCCACUACCAGGGUGCAACGUUAGCCCCUCCGGUCGAGAACAGCAAGCCUCACAAGCACGCAACGCCGAUCAACAUGGCUCAGCCUCUCCCUCUCCUUGUCCAGAGUCUCGGCUCGUACUGCGACGAAAGCGAAGCCUGGUUCGCUCAGUUUGUCAAGUACUUUAAGCAGGUUAUUAUCCUGGCCGGCGAGGUUGUCUGGGAGCAAGGCAGCCACCCAGAUGGUCUCUACCUCAUCGAGUCAGGUAGCCUCCGCGCUACGUACGAGUACGACAACCACCAGGAGCUUCUGCAGGAGACCAUGGUCGCUGGUACGGUGGCUGGUGACCUCAGCACCAUCAGUGACACGCUCCGCAACUGCACGGUCAUUGCCGAGCGCGACAGUGUUCUCUGGAAGCUCGAGCCCUCGAGUUUGGCCCAGAUGGAGAAGGACAACCCCGAAGCCGCGGGCAAGUUCAUCAAGACCAUUCUCAAGGGAGCGGUUGAGGAGGUUGAUGUGCUCUCGGCGCACCUGAUCGCGGUCCUGUCAUAGUCUCUCGACCGACGUGCUCUCGGCUCGCCUGAUUGCCGUUCCCCCAUUCUCUCUCUCUCCUUACACCUAGUAACCACGACAUUGCACACACCCAAAUCAUAGUUUCCUGUGUCUAAAAUGCAUGUUGGAG